CUAUCAGGCAUGGGAUACAAUCUGCCGCAGUCCCUAAAGAUGCCAGAUCGAAAGCAAGAGAUGACACUGAGGCUGACAAGGAAGAUAAUUUAAUGCAGAUGAACUGAAUAGUCUCUGUGUAUUCCUUCCAACUCAGCUGUUUCUGAUGCUUGGAAGCUAUUCUUUCAGCCACAAAGAUGGUAAUAAAUCUUUGCCUCCCACAGUUCAGACCAAGAAUUCACUGCAACAAGGUGUCAGCUGAUGGUUAUGAAGUAGAAAAUCUCAUCUCUGAAGACCUCAUAAAGAGAAGCCAUGGCUUUAGGACAGAGUAUUUCAUUAGACCUCCAAUCUAUGUGACAGUUUCCUUCCCCUUUAAUGUGGAAAUCUGUAGGGUUAACAUCGAUCUCACAGCUGGGGGAUGUCAGAAUGUCUCUGGCCUGGAAUUAUACACAUCUGCCUUAUCUAGCAGAGCUUCUCAGGAUGCCCAGGACUGUUGGACUACAGGCCCGGUGGAGAUAUCUGUCCCAGACAAGGAGGCCUUCACCUUGGUAGGCAAAGUCUUACUGAAAAACCAGAACCAUGUGGUGUUCAGCCACAGGGGCUUCAAGGCCAGGCCACCUUUUAGCCCAAUGGAAGUCACACUCUUCUCUCCUGCUGUUGUAGCUCAGGAACUCUGGAAUAAAGGGGCUCUUUCCCUUAGCCAUGUGGCCCACCUCAAAAUCGGCAUCACUCAUGUGACAGGCAGUGGCAUCUCUUGCAUCAAGCGUUUAGAAGUGUGGGGUCAGCCAGCCAGGACCUGUUCUCAGGAGGUGAUAAAUAGUGUCUUGUUGACAGCCUCAGAAAGCCUGCCACAGGACUUGGGUCUGCACACUCCAGCCUUGCCCAUGGAGAGUGACUAUGACCCUGGGGGUCAAUCUGAGGGCCAGCAGUCUCCCUGUACCUUACAGGGCAUGUCUGAAGUGGUAAGUGAUGUGCCAGAGGAGUUCCUGGAUCCUAUCACCCUGGAGAUCAUGCCAUGCCCCAUGCUGCUGCCCUCAGGCAAGGUCAUUGACCAGAGCACUCUGGAGAAGUGUAACCUCAGUGAAGCUGCUUGGGGCCGAGUGCCCAGUGACCCUUUCACAGGGUUAGCCUUUACUCCACAGUCCCAGCCCCUACCUCAUCCUUCCCUGAAGGCCCGGAUCGACCGUUUCCUACUCCAGCACUCUAUUUCAGGCUGCUGCCUGCUUGGGAGAGAACAGACGCCAUCAACAAUGACCCCUUCUGUCAUUACUCUGCCCUCAAGGAAAAGGAAGACGGAGCAGGCUGAGCACAGCUCACACUACAGCCUUGGCAUGAAUGCUUCUUUCUCUGCCGCAAGCCCUUUACUCUCACCCACUACCUCAGAGCCGACUGCCAAGAAAAUGAAAGCGGCCAGCGAGCCUGGCCUGACAGACAUGGACUGUUCAGCAGGUCCAGUGUCCCAUGAGCAGAAGCUGUCGCAAAGUCUGGAAAUUGCCCUGACUUCCACCCUCGGCUCCAUGCCUUCCUUCACUGCCCGGCUCACCAAAGGGCAGCUCCAGCUGGGCACAAGAGGGAGCAGUGCUUGCAGGAGGCCAGCCACCAGCUCUGAGCAUCCAAGGAAUGUUUCCGGCCCAGAGUGUGCCUCCUGCAAACAAGCAUUUUCUUCCUACACCACAAAUGAGCCUGUGUACCAGCUGCCCUGUGGCCACCUUCUGUGCCGACCCUGCCUGAGUGAGAAGCAACGUUCCCAGCCCAUUCUGUGCACAGCCUGCCAGCAGCCAGUCACCAGCCAGGAUGUGCUGCGGGUCCACUUUUGAGUGACAAGCCGCAAUUGGAGAAGCCCCAUUUUGGGGGAGACCUGAAGGUGAAGGAAGCAAGAACAGGAUCCCAGUGCCUCUGUUUUCUCUCGGGCUUGUAUACCUCAUGGUGUGUUACAGAGACUGGGUAGGGCCAUCCCACUCCUGCUUAGGCAACAACAGGAUAACAAAGCCAUAGGGCUGGGCUGGAGAAGACAUCCCUAUUCUCCCCGGCCCACCUUGCCACUCUCUGACCAGAGCCAGCCCCCACUGUUCAGGAGCACUCCUCUCAAGCCCCCAUGUUAUCUGCAUACAAUCUUCUAAUGGAGCUUUGUGGAUGGAGCUCAGUAGACUGUGACUUGGGACCUCACACAGCCUUCCCUGCCUCAGGGUCACUCCUAAGUGGACCAUGGUAGGGGCUGUUAAGCACAUGAGUUAGCCAUGUGUACCCCGACCUCUGCAGACACUUGCAGCCUUAAUAAAAUGACAUUUGACAUUCAACGAGGAUUCCUUCUGGCACACAGGACAGCCAUAUGCAGUUGCUGCCGCCAGGUAGGCAGGGGUUCAGAUCUACCCAGUGUGAGUGUGUCAGUGCCAAGAGAAGGUGAGCAGCUUCCAUCAGGCCAAGUGCCCAGGUAUGUCUGGUUGCUCCUGGAGCCACACUCCAAGGGAGAGGACUCCUGUUCCAUAUGUAGCCUACGGUAGGAAAAUACUUGUUUAAAGAAAACAUUUUUAACAGUUUUUUUGUAUGUGUGUAUGCACGUGUGCCUUGGUGCGCCUAUGGAAAUCAGUGCUCCAGGGAUCAGCUCACUCUUUCCAACUAUGUGGCUCCCAAAACCAGUCAUCAGCGAUGUGGCGAUCUCCUCUACCCUCUGAACCACCUCCUUGGAUCCCUAGGCUGCAUUUUUUUCCUUCCAAAAUUAAACCUUAUGGAGUCCCAAAGAAAUGGAUUGCAUAUAACUCUUGUUGGCUCCUUCAAGAGCUCCCAGCCAGGAGAAGAAUACCUGUGCAGGUCCUCACACUGUCCCAUUUCCUUCCAGGCAUGAUCUGCUCUGUCUUUGAGAUAAAUCACAGCCCCUUGAGCUACAUGUUGUCUCUUCUGGUUGCCAGUGAUCAGUCAUGAGAUUUAGGGAAUCUGCUUUCAGAGUUCCCAGGAGAUGUGUCCGUAGAGGUAACCAGUAUGGGAAUGUCACCUCUUUCCUCCUACACACCACCAGUGCCUGUUGUGCUUCAGCCUUCAUAUGAGACACCAGGGUCUGCAUGGACAGGCAACCCUGCACUGCCUGGUGGCUCCUGAACAUCCCACUCUAUGCCUGGGCCUCCAUUCUAGGUGUUGUGUUCUUAGCCCAUGCAACUACAGAGGGCUUGGUUUGGGAGUUGCCACCUACCCAUAACCUGUCAUGGUCUCUGGAGUAGCCCAUUCAGACUUUACACCUUGAUGUGAGUGAUGGGAGCCAUCCCUGCCCCCUCCCCAGAGCCCCCAAGCUGCAUUCCUCUGCAGCUCUACUAGAGGUGCCUGGCCUACUCUGCUGGAAAACUAGGUCUGGGAGGCCCUGGGGUGGACUGGAGGUACCCUGAGUCCAGGGCGGGGUGGGGGUAGGGGGUGGAGAGCCACUCCUACAUUGUAAAUGUGAUUAAGUUUUCUCUUAAAGAUCUGACCCCCCACCCCCAUAGAAGUACUCUUUUUCUUCCUCCACUACCAGAAACAUUGUAAUCUUCCCUAGAAUACAUGAAUGGAAGCUGGGUGUGAUCUAAGUUUGUAAAUCCAAACAUCUGAAGGACUGCUGUGAGUUCAAGGUCAGCCUGGGCUACAUAACAAACACUUGUCUCAGAGACACUGAAAUAAAAAUGUAUUUGGCCCCAUG